UAUCGCGGGUGGGGGAAGGGUGGUUGGCGGCGGGAGUUGCAGAGAGGACCGGCUGGUUGUCCUUGUUUGGUCCCACUUCUCUCCCCAGCACCUGCCCUUGUUCGCUCUUCAUCUACUUGAAUUUGGCUUGAAUAAAGCGUCAGCUCCCGGCCAGCGCUGAGAGCCCUGGCGGGAGUGGCUAGCGGUGGCCUUAAGUAUUUAAACCUGUGGCGUCGGAGCCUGCUUCUUCUUGGGCGAGAGACUCGUUGAAAAGGGAGUGUGUUGGGGAAGUGAUGUGCGUUGAAGGGAGUUAGAACUUCCCGGUCGGUCACCCAGUCAGAAGCUGCGGGGCACAAAGCCCAGAGUUUGCUGUUAAUCGCUGGAGAGUUUCUCCCUAGCGCCGGGUGCCCUGGAGACAGAGGGGGCGUGUCUUCUGCGGAUUCCAUUCUCACCUUCCCCUCCCGCUUCCGAUCUCGGUGUUUGCUCCACCCUUGCUCCCCACCCACUUCCAGCUCCAGUGGGUGGGGGGUGAGGGGCUGUCCCCAGGCCAACACCUCCUUCCAGCCUUUGGGGAGUGGGGAUUCUUUCCCCGGAGGGACAGAGUUCCUUCUGCAGUUGCGCUGCAGUCGGUGCUGCUGUCCUGGAAACACCAGGGUUUGUUUCUCCUGGAAACACUUUCCCUGAAGGCAGGCCUGCUUGACGCCUCCAGGCACACCUGUGGUCUCCUCUGCCCUUCCUUGCCUGGCCUGCCCUUCCUCUGCCUCCUUGCCUGGAAUGUCCUUCGCUGUCCAUCCUCAUGGGCCCACCUGGGAGAGAUCAUAUCCAUGCCCCCUGCCCCAGGUUUGUGGGUGAGGUCAAGGACUGGCACUGUUUGGUGCUGUAGCACUGGGGCACAGGCCACCCCUCCGCCCUCAGGCCCUUUUCGUGCAGCCCCCAGGCACAUAAUGGCCACCCAGCUAAGGCUCUACAAGCAUAAGCCUGAGCCUCCCAGGUGGACAAGGACAGAAGUCACCUGGGGGCUCACUCCUGGUCUCAUCCGAGAAACCUAGGCCCAGGGAGGUGGAGGGACUAGAGCAAAGUCACACCACGUGCUCCGCUGAUGGCCAGGAUGGGCCCUCAGGACAGUGAACUGACCGUGUCCCAGGCUCCAGGUCCCUGGCACAGCCCGGGUCACACUGACAGCCUGCCCAGAGGCACCCCACCUUGGGAACUGCAGGCUCAGGGCAGAUGAUACCAGUGCUUCUCCUUGGUGGCUGGGGAGGGGGACUAUCCACUCCCUACUAUUCGCCUAGUGUGGGUCAUGUGUUUUAACUUCUCAGGGAGGCGGGGCCAGCAUCUUGACUGACAGCAUCCAUGACGCCUCGCAUGGUGGAAGGUUUCGAAUGCCUCCCCACUCUUCCCUGUUGGGGGAUCAUCCCAAAUCUUGAGGCCACAUAAACACUGGGCUCUGGAUGGGGCAUGGACAGAAGCAGGCACAGAGAGAAAAGCUCAGCCAGGGGUGGGAGAACCUGGGAGGAGAGGGAAACCCCGAGAAGGCAGCCACCUCUGCUGCCAGCCAUCCCCAGGACAGUGGUUCCUCCCCACCCGCCCCAGCCCUUGAGGACCAUUGGGUGGGGACUGCCCCUGGAGCCAAGCUUAGGGAGGACAGUAGACAGUGGCUUUGGAGUUGGGAGACAGGGUUCUGCUUCUGGUGUGACUGGAGGCCUCCUCGUGCGCUCAGGAAGGUGGUGAGGAGGCUGGUCCAACGGAGGCCGGCCCCACAACCCACGCUGUUCCUGAGGAUGGGUUCUUCUGGGUGAAGGAGACCAAGCCCCUUGCGGAAGGGUGCUGAAACAAGUCAGAAGAGAAAGUGGGAACCAGUGCCUGUCCUGGGAGACCUGAGUGGGGCCUCCCAACAGAGACAAGUGGGGUGUGGCAGGCGUGCUUGUGGGACACCCGUUUGACACAGUCAAGGUGAGUCUCAUCGCUGCUUUUUUUUCUCGGUGCGUACAUUGGAAAGAGGCUCACAGGGUUGGGGUGGCUGGAAGCCCGUUUCCGUGGACAGCCCCAGGUGGGCAGCUGCUUUUACACCGCGCCGGGCUGAACCUUCCUGCUGCUUCGUCCUGGCAUCUCCCAGCUGGGGCUGAUCCACAUCCUGGGUUCAUGGCCAAGUCCAUCCUGGGCUUGGCCAGCUGGGACCGAGGUGCUGAGGUUUCCUCCCACCCAGAGCAAGGGCACCCACAUUGUUCCCAUGCGGAACUCCCCCAAACACUUCCUUGAAAGAAAGUUCAGAGAGAAAAUACAAAAAAGCCAAAACUUGUACCUCCCAUGAACAUGAUCUUCACAGAGUGGUGAUCAUCCUUACGGAGAGUCCGAGUGAUAGUUUCCCAUGUGCCAGAGGCGUGAGGAAGGGCUCUGUUAGCCGGUUCCUUGACAACACCCCACACCUCCAUAAACCGGAGUUCCAGGUUCUCAGACCCCCCGGAAUGGAAACCAAGGAAUUCUGUGUCCUCCAGCUGGCAAUUCCCAAAUAAAUCCCCCACCCUCCACUUGUGGUUGGGCUGUAUGUUCUGAAAGUAGCCCAGUGGGGCCCUUCCUUACCCUUUUCCCUGGGCCCCAAGGCAAGCUGUGAGUGGCGGGCACCAGACCAGCCUUGUGCUUGCGGGCAGCACUACACGUGGCCCCUCUUCCCACUGAGGGAAGGCAAGGCAGGAUGCACAUCCUGAGCUGGGUUGGCAGGAGACUUCCGGUCUCCUUUUCUAGUGAGCCCAGGUGUUUGUUGGCAGAGACAGUGACUGCUUACCAUAAGGCUGGAUUGCAUCCAGCACAAGAGUGAGGGCCCGGCCUUAUGCAUUGGCUGUGACCUUAAAAAGCUCUGUCCCUCUGUCCCUGGGCCUUGUGCAGGUCCGGGCCCCUCUGCCAGCUGGUUUUCUGCAUGACUUUGGGCAGGUCCCUGUAUCUUUAGGCUCAAACGUUGUCAUCGUGCCAGUGCUCAACAGCAUAAUUUAUGUUGGAUUAAAUGCUAGCUCUGAAAAGCACAACUCUUCCAUCCAAUUUGUGGAGGAGGCUGAAGGGCCAGGCUUCCUUGGCAGGCAGCGGCCCCACGUUUCAUGCACCAGCCUGCCGAGAGUGAGGCUGUGCAGAGCCUGCCCACACAGCCCCCGGCCCCAGCCGUGCCCACGCGCUGCCUGGCCAGGCCACCUGUGAAGCCUCCCCCAGGCCAGAGCAGCCCAGGACGGCCUGGCAGUGUCCACGUUGCACUGUGUUUAUAUCUCCUCGUCAUGUGUUGUGAAUGCCUCUUGCAACCAAGAAGCGCCUCGCAUUCACUUCCUCUUUCCAGCUCUGCGGAGGCCUAGGCUCUCUGAGCUAUGAAUCGGCCAGACCUGCUGGGCUCCUGCCCGGCCCCCUCAGCCCCUGGCAGGCCGGGGAGCACUUUCGUCCUGGUGCUCCGCCGUCCUGAGCCACUGAGCCCGCGAGCAGCAUCCCUGAUGUGACUCAGGGACAGGAGUUUCUCCAGCCCAUGAAAUUUUACUCCCCAGACCCUACUUCACUGUCUGGAGGGUGGUCUUUGAGAAGAUCUAUUUGUGAUCUUUUUUUUUUUUUUUUUGCCACUGUGUCGCUCCAGCAUCACAUCUGGACAUACCUACCUUAAAAAGCUGAACUUUUUUUUCCUUUGAGACGGAGUCUGUGUCUGUCACUCAGGCUGGAGUGCAGUGGUGCGACCUUGGCUCACUGCAACUUCCUCCUCCUGGGUUCAAGUGAUUCUCCUGCUUCAGACCUCCCCAACCCCCCAAGUAGCUGGGAUUACAGGCAUGUGCCACCACGCCUGGCUACUGUUUGUUUUUAGUUGAGGUCCAGCACAUGUAGAAAGUGCACACAUCCGGCCGUGCGCAGUGGCUAACGCCUGUAAUCCCAGCACUUCUGGAGGCUGAGGUGGGCGGAUCACGAGGUCAGGAGAUCAAGACCAUCCUGGCUAACAGUGAAACCCUGUCUCUACUAAACAUACAAAAAAUUAGUUUGGCAUGGUGGCGGGCACCUGUAGUCCAGCUACUCGGGAGGCUAAGGCAGGAGAAUGGUGUGAACCUGGGAGGCAGAGCUUGCAGUGAGCUGAGAUCGUGCCACGGCACUCCAGCCUGGGUGACAGAGCGAGACUCCGUCUCAAAAAAAAAAAAGAAAGUGCACACAUCCUAGGUGUACAAGUCAUCACAAAGCACAGGCGUGGGGAGCCGCCACCCAGGAGAAACAGAACAUGGCCAGCCCUCUGGAAGUCUUCACUCCUGCUCCUGUCAACUCCUCCCGCCCCUUCUUCCGAGGCUUCCACUGGCCUAACUUCCUCCUUUUUUUUGAGACACGGGUCUUGCUUUGUCACCCCAGGUGGAGUGCAGUAGCCCACUGUAGCUUUGAUUUCCCAGGCUCAAGCAGUCCUCCCACCGCAGCCUCUCAAGUAGCUGAAACUACAGGCAGACACCACCAUGUCUAGCUAAUUUUUUUUUUAAGUUAUUAGUAGAGAUGGGGUCUUGAUACAUUGUCCAGCUGGUCUCAAGCUCCCGGGCUCAAGUGAUCCUCCUGUCUUGGCCUCCCAAAAUGCUGGGAUGACAGGCCUGGCCCACUGUCCUCACUUCCAACACCACGGGCCCCUUUUGCCUGGUUUGAACUUAAUAUAAUUGCAGCUGUACCCUAGAAUCAUCAGAGGCGACCUGCGUCCAUGUCAGUCUGUACUGUCACAUGGCCACAGACUAUCUCAUGGCUGGGACAGUCACAGUUUAUUCCCCCAGACCCUUGGGACUGAAAGAAUCCAAGAUCUGGAUCUCCUCUAUAGCGCCCAGAACCACAGCCCCCGUCCUGGAGCACACGGCCUUCACACGUGGUUCUGCACGAAGGGAAUUUUCUGUCCUGCUUCCUUGGACACAACAAUAAUCAGGAAACAGUCACUUUCAUCAGGGAGCAGUCAUCUUGACCUGUGAUGAGGGGGUGACCGGCUAUCCCUGGGCAGGGGAUGGGGAGGGUGGGUGGGGGCUGGCUGUGGGGGCUCCGUGCCUGGAUGUGAUGUUGAAAUUUUGUGUUGCUUUAACCGCCUUUACUUUCUGAGCUAGGGGCUGUCUCCAUCCAUAGCAAAAGUGUAACUUUGUUGUAGAUGGGCGUAAGCCUCACCCUGGAGAGCGCUAGUAAGUACAGACCAGGUGAACCAGACCCCAGCCUGGACCCCACCCUGUCGUGUCCAUCUCCCCAACCCCAGAGUUCCCUCCGUAGCAGGGGACAGGGAGGGUGUGAGACAAGCUUGGGCCCAGCACAGAUCCUGGGGUGGGGGCUCGGGCUGGUCGAAAAAAAAUCAGCCCCCUCUGGAUUGGGGGUCCUCAUGUGGGGGUCUCUCAGCCCUAUGGGGAGCUGGGAGCUUCCUAAACUUGUGUCCAAAUGACUAGUUUCCCAGGGGUGGGUCGUUCCCAUCAAUCCUCAAAGGAGAGCCUGUCACCCCAGGAUUUUAAGAGCCUGAGCCGUAGAUGACAAGACUUGGGAUGCUGGGCCACAGUUCCUCUCCCAGAGAGCGAGGGCUCGUCACAGACUGAGGGGUCAGAAACAAAGUAGGGAGAGACCUCUGCCCACAUUGGUGGGAAAAGCUGACUUGACCUGAGCCUGACAUUCCCGAGCUGCUGGUCUUGGGCGUUCACCAGUGUAUGUGACCUGCAAAGACUUCACAACACUACCCAGGUGGCAUUGAGUAUCCAACCUGGGAAGGGAUAGCUCCACGUCACAUCGGUUCUAUUCACACAGCCCUCUUAGUCCCAGUGUUGGGCCUGCAGGAGGAACAGAGAGAUCCCCCCAGAGACCCCAGAACAUUGAAGGGAAAGCAGCAAACCUCGCAUCAAGGUGCUGGCCAAGAACUGGACCUCCAGGGUGGGAGGGGUGCUUCGGGCCAAUCUUGAAGCAUUGGCUUCCAGCUGUUGAGGUCCUGGGCGUACUGAGAUGGUACUUGUUUCCUAACAAAACAUUUUUUGUAAGUGCAUUCACCAAUAGAGGGCCCACCUAUUCUGGUGGAGAGAAUUGGAAAAGGUUCCAGAAUCUGGGCAGAAGCCUGGCUGUUCCCGGUGAGGGCUCUCCCUUGCCAACACUCCCUCCCACCCUCACUCUGACCAACACAGCCACUCAUGUCCCUGGAGAAGACAACUUUGGCCAAGUUGUAAAACAUCUCUGAGCCUCAGUCUUCCCAUCUUGGAAAUGGGGGCAGUUGUCCCAAUGCCAAGAUAAUUGAGUGUGAAGCCCUCCCCUGUCUCAUGCUGCCUAGUACCAAAGGCACUUGCUUUGUGGCCCUGGCUGUAAGAAUGAUCAUUGCUGAGUCAGACCUAGGGAAUCAGCCCCUGAGAAUGUGACUUGACCUAGUUUACUCCCACCCCCCGCUCUGCAAGUCUGAGCCUCCUGUCGAGCAGAGAUAAGCUCAUAGGCAACAAAGAACGCUUUGACAUGGAAGAGGUUCUGGGCCACUGGGCUCGGAGGUGGCGGGGCCUGAGCAGCGUCCCAGGCCCCAGAGCUGCUGACGUGGGUCCCCAAGGAGGUUGUUGGCUGUUCUCUUGCCACUGCUCUGUUAACUCAUAACUGCUGUUCUCACUAGAGGCUACUUGCAGAGACCAGGCAGGAGCUCCUGGAGCCAAGGUCAUUGCUUAUAUUAUUUAUUUAUUUAUUUAUUGAGACAGAGUGUUGCUUUCUUGCCCAGGCUGGAGUACAGUGGCGUGACCUCACUAUAUCCUCUGCCUCCCCGGUUCAAACAAUUCUCCUACCUGAGCCUCCUGAGUAGCUGGGAUUACAGGCAUGUGCCCCCAUGCUAGGCUAAUUUUUUUUUUACAGACAUGGUUUCGCCAUGUUGGCCAGGCUGGUCUUGAACUCCUGACCUCAAGUGAUCCACCCACCUCGGCCACCCAAAGUAUUGGGAUUACAGAUGUAGCCACUGCACCUGGCCAGGCUCAUCACUUUUUGCACCUGUUGCCUCGAAGCCAGUCUGAUGGGACAUUAGGGCAGGGGACCUUCAGCCUGGUCUGGGACAUGGGCUGCCCACUCAGCAGUAUGACAAGCAUCACCUGGAGAACGGGCCGGUCUCAGGAGGUCGUUCAUGCCCCACCAGCAGUGCACUGUGCAGCCAUAGUGUAAACAAGAGGCUUAACCUCAACUGGUCUGAGAUCUUGGGGACCCCCUACCCUGUCUCCAGCAGCCUGUCCCUGUAGCUGUUUGCCCACCGGCACCCCAUCCUGAAAAGGCAUAGAUACCCGGUCCGCCCUGCCCUGGAAUUACAAAAGUCUUAGACUGUGCCUGAGUGCCCAGCCUCCUUAGGAGACCCUCCCAGGCAGCCUGAGUGCCAGACCCGGGAGCUGGGUGCUCUGGCCCUGCCUGCAUGCCUCUCACUGGACCUUCUCCUUCCAGGUGCGGCUUCAGGUCCAGAGCGUGGAGAAGCCUCAGUACCGCGGGACGUUGCACUGCUUCAAGUCCAUCAUCAAGCAAGAGAGUGUGCUGGGUCUGUACAAGGGCCUGGGCUCGCCGCUCAUGGGGCUCACCUUCAUCAACGCGCUGGUGUUCGGGGUACAGGGCAACACCCUCCGGGCCCUGGGCCACGACUCGCCCCUCAACCAGUUCCUGGCAGGCGCGGCGGCGGGCGCCAUCCAGUGCGUCAUCUGCUGCCCCAUGGAGCUGGCCAAGACGCGGCUGCAGCUGCAGGACGCGGGCCCGGCACGCACCUACAAGGGCUCGCUGGACUGCCUCGUGCAGAUCUACGGGCACGAGGGUCUGCGUGGCGUCAACCGGGGCAUGGUGUCCACGCUGCUGCGAGAGACGCCCAGCUUCGGCGUCUACUUCCUCACCUACGACGCGCUCACGCGGGCGCUGGGCUGCGAGCCGGGCGACCGCCUGCUGGUGCCCAAGCUGCUGCUGGCAGGUGGCACGUCGGGUAUCAUGUCCUGGCUCUCCACCUACCCUGUGGACGUGGUCAAGUCACGGCUGCAGGCCGACGGGCUGCGGGGAGCCCCGCGCUACCGCGGCAUCCUGGACUGCGUGCGCCAGAGCUACCGCGCCGAGGGCUGGCGCGUCUUCACACGGGGACUGGCGUCCACGCUGCUGCGCGCCUUCCCCGUCAACGCCGCCACCUUCGCCACGGUCACCGUGGUGCUCACCUACGCGCGCGGCGAAGAGGCCGGGCCCGAGGGCGAGGCUGUGCCCGCCGCCUCCGCCGCUCCUGCGGGGCCUGCUCUGGCGCAGCCCUCGAGCCUGUGACGCUCACCCCGCCCUCCUUCCUCCGGGCCCCUUCUCAGAAACCUGAGACAUAAAUGGGCCCCUGAGUCUAUUGCCGUGCUUCUGCUCGGGUGCCGGGGGCUGUGGACUCUCUCAGACCUGGGCUGAAUUUUGCUGAUCAGCCGGGUGGCUUUGGCCGAGAACUUCACUUGCCUCAGUAUUCUCAUCUGUGAAAUAAGGACCCUCAUACCCACAUUGUAGAGUCACGCAGGUCAGAGAUUAGUCUGAGUGGCAACCAGCACCUGGCCUGGCUGAGGCCAUUGCACCAUUCAUUAUCCUAGAAAUUGAGGCAGACACUCCGGCCCCUUUCUGGGAUGCUGGCCACCCACUGUGCUCCUGGCCUGCAGGCUGGCUCCCAGGGGUCUCUGAUGGCCCACCAAGGGGCUGCCCAGGGACCUGACUCCACAUAUCCUCCACCCGGGAGGCUGGUGGGCCACCUCUGGUCUGUGUUAGGGACAGAGGAAAACUUGGUGUGCCUCCUGGUGUCGCAGAACUGAAUCCUCUGCAUACCCCAGCUUCUCCACAUGCCACUGCUAGGGGUACCCCAGCUGCUGCCACUCCUGCUGGAGGGUGAACUGGGGACCCUCCACCCUCCGGGAAGCCAUAGAGUCUGCUGGAGGCACCAUAUCAGCCAACGGGACUAGCGUGGGGAGCAGACAGACCAGUGGGUGGAGGUCUCGACAGUUCAAGUGUGAUGCAGCUGUGGCAAGGAGAAAUCCUUCCACCUCUGGGCCUCAGGCUGCCUGUCCAUAAAAUGGGGACAUGGCCAGCUGAUGGACAACUGAGUCUCUGGCCCACCCAUCCCCGCCAGCCAGGAUCCCCCAAGGUGUGCAGAGGGCUCAGCAGAGAACAAUAAGGGAUCCCCCUCACCAGGGCUGGAACACCUCCAGCCACAAAGAAGCCAAAGGUCAGUUCCUCUUGCUCCCCAGCAAACGGUGCCUCCUAGGCAUUCUCAGAGCCAGGGCUUCAUCCCUGUGAAGGCACAGGGUCCGCUAGUGGGCACAGGGGUGGCUAGUUGGGGCCUGGGGCAGGAGAAGGCCAUCCCAGGCAUCCUGGGGAAUGUGCUUGAUGAAGACGACACUGGGCUUUGCACAGCCUGGUGUCGCUGCACAGAAACUGUCAAGGGAAUAAAGUUUUCUUUGUUUUUUAA